AUGACGGACCCCGGGUCCUCCUUGGCUGUUGUCAGCCUCGCUUUGCAGGUGAUGCAAGGGCUCCUGCACUACUACGAGCUCUUGAAGAACUGUGACGACGAUGUGAAAGAGAUCCAGCGCUCUUUGCUCUGGCUAGGCAACCUUUUUACGCAACUGGAUAUUACUUUGCGGAAGCCCAACCUUCAAGCAGAGAUUGCCAACAUAAUCCGGAUAACGACGAAGAGCUGCGAAGACAAUGUGAAAAAGCUCGAGAAGCUGCUGGACAGGGUCAAGAAAGAAGGGACACCCAAAGGUCUGCGUUCGAAAUACAAGACCAUAACUAGGAAGGUUCUAUAUAUAUACCAUAGCAAGGAGAUACAGGACGUGACAGCUCUAUUGACUGAGAUUCGUGAAGACUUGAGGUUGGCCAUUGACCUACUCAAUCUAGAUACAACCGCAACCAGUCUAGACGAGGUCCGCAAUGUGAACAAAGGACUCGAGGCUUUGAGGUCAAGUAUCGAAGAAAAAUCAAAAAGAGAUGAGGAAUCCGCAAGAGAUGCGGCAAAGAAAACGAAAAUGACGGUAGUCAAGGACUGCACCAUCCAGGAACUGGACAAUGGUUUCUGGACGGGCCAUGGUUUAGUCAAUGGCAAAUGGAGGGGAGCCAGCACCUUUGGAUUGCAGGAGACGUGGGGUGUGGAAAGACAGUAUUAUGAAAAAGUACGAUCUUCAAUACUUGGCCGGAAAGAAAAACACGACAAUUUGGUAUACUUCUACUUCUCCUUCAACGACCCCAACCGGCAAGAUCUUUCGGAAUUUUUGAAGUCUGUGUUGGCUCAAUUAUGCGUGGAUGAUAUUGCACUCGACUUCGUGGAAGCUGUGUGCCGUUGGCACACCCCAAGUCAACCGUCUGUCCAGAUCUUGAUGUCUACAUUCUUGGAGGCUUUAGACUUGGGUACAAAAGCAAGUCAAGGGGGCACCGCAUCAGGGGCCCCGUCAGGCAAGACGUAUAUCAUUUUGGAUGGGCUUGAUGAGAUUCCGUACGGCCCUAAACGAUCUAGAGUCUUAAAAUUCCUUGAGGAGAUUUCACGCCUCCAGAACCCACAAGUCCAUAUGAUUGCCUGCAGCCGACAAGAACGGGACAUUGAAUCCGUUCUGCUCAGCAAUCCCCAAUGGAAGCCGUUCAGAAUCUCCUAUGCCAAUGUUGAGAGGGACCUUGACAUCUACAUUACCUCUCAAAUUGCGGCGGACCCGAAGCUCCAUGGACAGCCAGAGAACAUCAAAGAGGAGAUUAAGGACAAGCUAGUCCAUGGCGCCGAUGGCAUGUUCCGAUGGGCUUCACUGCAAAUGCAGGAGCUAAGGAUGAAGAGGAUCUUGCGGAGCAGAGACAUCAAGACGACACUAUCCUCCUUACCAAAGGACCUGGACUCUACAUAUGAAAGAAUCCUUACUUCCGUUGAUUCUUCUUUGGCCGAUGAAGCUACAGCAGCAUUGAAAUGGCUGGCGUGUGCAAGCCGCCCUCUGUUUCUGGAAGAACUGGCUGAAGCUUGCAUUAUAAGACCUGAAGACACUGAACCUUUUGAUGAAUAUCAACGUUUCAGCGGGUAUGACAUAUUAGAGCUUCUCCCUGGAUUGACUAGGAUAGAUCCAACUCCGGACCCUUCCACGCCAAUCCGACAUCGGUACUACACCGUCAGCCUUGCUCAUUUUUCGGUCAUGGAAUAUCUUUCUAGUCAACGUAUUCUGUCAGGCUCUGCGUUCGGUUAUUAUGUCAAUAUAAGCCUUGCGCAGAGACAUAUUGCCAGAAGUUGCCUGGUGUAUAUCGCCCAUAUCUUGGACAUCCAGCCAACCUCUGACCACACUGAUACCGAGUAUCCUCUAAGCCUAUACGCCUAUUCUCGGUGGUUUUCACACGCAGCCCUCAUUUCCAAUGAAUAUCUGGAAGAUGUAUCCGCCAGCGCGAUGGACUUGUUCACAUCCCCGAGAGCUUGUCUAAAAUGGAACGCUUACGCUCGGAGAACACGCCAUGAAGAGGCCAAAUCCGAUUUCCUGACAAUUCCAUUCGAUGCGUACCAGACACCUUUGUGGCCAAGAUACUACCUGCUUUGCCACUCCAUCACCGCAGGGAAUGAAGUGAUUGUCAACAGACUCCUCGAUGGGGGCUUACAAAUCCGCGGUGGUUCAGUCCUUGGCGAGCCUCUUAAGCUUGCUAUAGUGGCUGGUCGUGAGAACAUUGCGAAACGCAUUCUGGCAGCAGGAUACUUACCAAGUAAGGUGGAAAUGCUCUUUGCUGCGCGAUGCAGUUCAGAGGGCCUUUUGUCUUCAGUGUUGGCGAAAGCAGCAGCCUUUGGGCUCACUGAUAUGCUACUUGCGGUUGAUACUGCCAUCGUCCACGCCAAGUUUCGAAAUGCAGACUUGCUACUCUGCCAGCUCUUCCAUGGAACUUUGAGUUAUCGUGAGAACCCAAACGCGGUUCCUGCAGAAACGCGGUUAGCGAAAGGCUAUGCGGCUCGACUCCUCGAGUCUUGUCAACUACUUACUUCAACAUUUCGGCAAGAAUACUAUUCACCGUCUUGA